UCCCCCGGCCUCUCACCGGCCCCAGCGCCGCGGCAGCCCCAAGGGCCGUCCCCGGCCGGCCAUCCCCGGCCCCAGUGCCGCUGACCCUGUCCUCCGCGGGCGGGGACGCGGGCGGAGGAGGUGCUGCCUCGGAGCCCCCGGACGCGACCAUGUCGGAGGUGCUGCCGUACGGCGACGAGAAGCUGAGCCCCUACGGCGACGGCGGCGACGUGGGCCAGAUCUUCUCGUGCCGCCUGCAGGACACCAACAACUUCUUCGGCGCCGGGCAAAACAAGCGGCCGCCCAAGCUGGGCCAGAUCGGCCGGAGCAAGCGGGUUGUUAUUGAAGACGAUAGGAUUGAUGACGUGCUGAAAAAUAUGACCGACAAGGCACCUCCUGGUGUCUAACUGCCCCAAAGACAAUGAGUUGAGGGAAGGAAUAAGAAGAGUGGCUGGCCGUAACAGUUACUGACAAAAAGCAUGAGGAGGAGAAAGCACUUUGAAAUUUAUUACUAGCUUGCUACCUACGAUGAAAUCAACAACCUGUGUCUCAUGUCAGGCCGGGAGACAGAUGAGGUGGGAGGAGGAGGAGGAGGAGGAGGAGGAGAAGAAGGAGGAGGCUCUGGGCUCCUCUACAAAAACAAAAGUUAAAAAAAAAAUUAAAAAUCACUAUAUACACACAUAUAAAGAAAAAAGUCUCAGUUGCAGCUAUUUGUCAAAAUUAAUACCUGUUUCUUUUUAUAUAUGGUAAAUAUUGUGCAAUUAUAGAUGUGGAUUUUGAACCACUUCCUGAGAGCAGCACCGAGUUACACGAAGGUGCUUGUGUUCUCUGCUGAUUUGGCCGUCCCAAAUGUUUACAUUAUUUAAUCUUGCAAAAAUGAUCCUGUGCACUUGGAUGUGACCUGCUGUCUACUUUUAUUUUUUAAAUGUUGUUUAUUCUUGGAUGUACAAAAGAAAAUUUGGGAAAAAGUGAUCUCUGUAGAUACUGUUGUACUUCAGUCAUCUUUUGAAGUUAUCAGAAAUGUGUUUUAAAAGCAGAAGGCAGCUUUUCCAAGGAAGGACGCUUAAGAAGGGCCUUGUCUUGUUCUGAAGAGAUGAGCUGUACAGCCUGGGCUGCUCUGUUGCAACAAAGCUCGUAGCCCAGGUUAACACCAACAACGGGUUUUAUAUGUCAGGAAACAAAAAACAAAACAAAAGAAAA